AUGAAGGAGUAUGAAGAACUUCAGCACAUGGAACAAAUAACUGAACCUGAAGCCAACUCAUCCAUCAACUACUUCAUUCCACAUCAUGCUGUGAUAAAGGAAACUUCCAGCACAACUAAGGUCAGAGUUGUCUUUGAUGCCUCCUGUAAAACUACUUCGGGCAUUUCCUUAAACGACAUUUCAAUAGUGGGACCAACAGUGCAAUCAUCAUUGAUGAACAAAGUUUUGCGAUUCAGAUCACACACUUUUGUAAUAACAGCUGACAUCGAGAAAAUGUACAGGCAAAUCAACAUCAAACCAGAACAACAUAACCUUCAGCUCAUAUUAUGGCGUAACAAUCCAAAUGAGAACAUCAAAAUAUUCCAAUUGAAAACCGUCACAUAUGGCACAGCUAGUGCCCCAUACCUGGCAACUCGAACCUUGAACCAAUUAGCUAUUGAUGAGAGAGAGAAAUUUGCAAAGGCAGCACAGAUUGUGCAAACGGAUUUUUAUGUGGACGAUGUCAUGACUGGUGCAUCAUCAUUUCAAGAAGCUCAACAAAUUGUUCAUGAUCUAAGAAAUUUAACUCAACUUGGUGGAUUUCAUUUAAGAAAAUGGUGUAGUAAUCACCCACAAUUACUCAAGGACAUUCCUGCUGCUGAUAUUGAACAAUCUGUCUGUAAUAUAGACCAAGAGCAAAGUGUCAAGACUCUAGGCCUUAUAUGGAAUCCAAAUAAAGACAUAUUUCAAUUUUCAUUCAACAAUCAACAACAUCAUCAUAAUCUUACCAAGAGAACAAUUCUAUCAGCAAUAGGUCAAAUCUUUGAUCCGUUAGGUCUCAUAGGACCUGUGAUAGUACUAGCAAAAUUACUUAUGCAGAAACUGUGGAUUUGCAAAAUCGGGUGGGAUGACACUCUACCAGAUGAAAUUACCAAAGAAUGGAUGGCUUAUAAGAAUGGAUUACACCUGUUAGCCAAACUGGAGAUUCCCAGAUGUGUCAUUAGCUCAUCACCAGAGACCAAAUAUGAAAUCCACGGAUUUUCUGAUGCAUCUGAGGUCGCAUAUGGAGCAUGUGUCUAUCUAUGCAGCAUCAACCCUUCACAAAAUGCAACUGCUUAG